AUGUUGUCUGGUGUAGGAGUCGAGUGGGAGAAAGCUAAGUCUGGCCAAUUGAAAAAAUACCAUCAGUCCAUAAAGUCACUGACAACUGCACUGAGUUAUAUCAAUAGGAGUAAAUUACUUGGUUGGGGACCGUGUGAUUGUCGUAACCAAUGGUUAGACUCUGAGCGAAAACACUCAAAACCGCUUGCAGUGGUGCAGGAUUGUGAUAAAUUUAGACAGGAACAAAAUCUUCAUUCAACUAUCUCAACCUCCAAUACUAUAAAUAACACAGCACAAGAAACCUUCAGUUUGUUAUUUAUACUAUAUGAGGUCUAA